UGGUUUUGGAGAAACCACCAUUGAGUUCAGUGGCAGGAAAAGUGUCGACCAUCUCAGUUACGCAUGACUCUUGUACUUGUUUCCGCUGUUUUCGCCCCGGACACCUUGCCCAUGACUGUCAAGCAGCUACCACAAGCAACGGAUCAGGACAAUCUCAUUCCUCUGGGCUUGCAUCAAGUAGUUAAUGCUGAUACUGAACAGUGUUUGGACUCGAUGUUGAAUAAUUUUCAGGACAUGUGUCAAUUAAUGGAGCAACAGGUUUUGGAGCCAGUAUCUUCCGUACAGGUUAAAGGUAGACUUAAGGAGAACAUUGUGUUUUAGAAGGACAAUGGGAUGUCUAAAUGGGUACUAAGCAUUAUAGUUCAGAGGAGUUUUCAGAAUCCUCCUAGUGUUGUUCAGAACCAGGACUUUCUGUGCCAAGAACUUAAGAAACUUGUAGCCUCUGGUGUGGUGGUGGAGGUGAUGCAGGAAAAUGUGUUGGUUGUUAAUCCAUUGGGCAUUGUGUCUCGCUUGACAGGCUCCCUGGUUUCUAUGUCACCUGCCAUGGGUCCAGUUGUACGUCUUUGGACAUGAGCAAUGUACAGAGACAUUUGCCUAGCCCCUUGUUGGGAUCAGCCAAUAUGUUUGUCUUCUGACAGUCGCUCGGAGGUGCUUUUUUGGCAACAGAACUUUGACAACAGCGGGUAUCUGAUCUGGGCACCUAGCCCUAAAGUUGAGGUCUUAACAUGUUCAGAUACUAGCGGUCUAGGUUGGGGAGGCUUUGCCAUUCACAUUAAUGGUAAACCAACUGUGGGAAGCUGGUCAGAGGAAGAGAGUGGCAAGAGCUCUACAUUCCGAGAGUUAAGAGCCAUACAGUAUGUGUUGGAGUUGUACAGUGAAGACCUUUGUGGGAAAGAGGUGUGUCACAGGACUGACAACAGGAACGCAGAGUUCAUAAUCUCUGUUGGUAAUAGAUUACCAGACCUUUGUAAGGAGGCCGUGUCAGUUUGCAAACUUUGUUGUGAGUUAAACAUUCAGCUAUCUGUGGAGUGGGUCAGUAGAAAUGAUAACAGUACUGCUGAUGAGCUUCCAAGAGUGGAGGAUGCUACUGACUACAUUCUGGAUUCCAAGUGCUUUUGUUAUAUUGAUCAGUUAUGGGGAUCUCAUACCGUCAACAGAUUUGCCAGCAUUAAAACUAAACAGCUGGACAGGUAUUGCAUUCAAUACCGCAACCCUGGUUGUGAGGCUAGUAAUGUGUUUACAGUUUCCUGGUCAUCGCAUAACAAUUGGAAUUUUCCACCUCCCCUGCUUAUUCCAAAGGUUCUGAGACACCUCUGCCGGCCUUGAGUAUGGUACACUGCUCCAGAGUGGCCUUCUGCAGUGUGGUGGCCUCUCCUUGUUGACAGGUCUGGACCUUAGAAAGGCUUUGUGAAGGACUGUUUGCGGAUUGAAUCUCACGAGGGAAUCUUCCUCUCAGGGUCUGCAGCCAGCAGUAUUUUCACUUCUGGAAUUCCAUCAUUUGCUGUUUAAGCCUUUAGGAUUUGUUUUGUGAUAUGGUGGGAAGCACCUGAUGUGCUGUUGUGGCAUUGCUCUGCCAAGGGAGUGUACCCCUAUGCUGGUCAAGUAUGGGGUAUACAUUUGUAGUGACGAAGUAUGUUGUUAGGGAAUGUCACUGAUGCUGUUAUGGCAUGUUAGGCUUUUCUAGUGACAGAAGCUGUUAGGGCAUGUCUCUAUGUCGUUACGGCUAUCUUCUCUGCAGUUAGGGCUAGGCUAAUGCUGCGGUGGCAUUUUCUGUGUUGUUGUUGUUAGGGCAUGUUACAUAUCAUUAUUAGUAUGUGAUAUCUGUACAUGCUGUUCGCAGAUGUUUUUGUGCCAAGCAUCUUGCUGUUUAUUUGUGGAAUUGUGAUUGAUGAUGUUUGGGCAGCAUGCCUCGUAACUUACUUAGCAUUCCUUGAGUUGGGCCUCUGUGAAACAACUAGCUGUCGGCUUACAAUUAUGUUUUGUUCCUUACACUGUCAUGUUAUGUGAUUUCAGUGCCCAGUGGCAACACUGGCAAGUUGGACCUGUCAUUUUGGUACCUGUGGAUGGACUGCAACAUCCACUGCUGCAUCAGCUGGCCAAGGGGUUGCCCUCAGUUCGGCUUCAAGAUAAAGCUCCAAAGACAGUCAACAGUUAUCUCCAUGAGUUUGGGGCGUAGAAGUGUUGGGCAGAGCAGUGCCGUGUGUCAGCUCUAUCAGUGGAGCCAGUGGUAUUCUCCCUGUAUCCAGUUAAGUUGAUGCACGAGAACAAGUCAGUUUCUAUCAUUGACUCUGCUUUGUAUGGAGUGAGCUGGGUACAGAAGAAGGUA